GGUUAAUGAGCAGCCCUGCUGAGGGGCGGGCCCACUGGGUGCUGGAGAGCGCCGUCCCUCCGUCCCUCCUCCCUUGUCUGGUCUGCCCUGUGCGAGGAGCGUCCUGACCAUGUCCCGGCUGAUGGAAUGUGUCCCCAACUUCUCAGAGGGGAACAACCAGGAGGUGAUUGACGCCAUCUCCCAAGCUGUGGUGCAGACCCCAGGCUGUGUGCUGCUGGACGUAGAUGCCGGCCCCUCCACCAACCGCACCGUCUACACCUUUGUGGGGCGGCCUGAGGACGUGGUGGAGGGGGCCCUCAAUGCCGCCCGGACUGCCUUCAGGCUCAUCGACAUGAGCAGGCACAAAGGGGAGCACCCGCGAAUGGGUGCCCUGGACGUGUGCCCCUUCAUCCCAGUGAGGGGCGUCUCCAUGGAUGAGUGCGUGCUCUGUGCCCAGGCCUUUGGCCAACGGUUGGCAGAGGAGCUUGGGGUGCCAGUGUACCUCUACGGCGAGGCAGCACGGACGGCCAGUCGCCGGACCCUGCCAGCCAUCCGGGCUGGGGAGUAUGAAGCCCUUGCUGAGAAGCUUAAGCAGACUGAAUGGGCACCCGACUUUGGCCCCAGCUCCUUCGUCCCCAGCUGGGGGGCCACUGUCACUGGGGCACGGAGGUUCCUUAUCGCAUUCAACAUCAACCUGCUCAGCACCAAGGAGCAGGCACACCGCAUCGCCCUCAACCUGAGGGAGCAGGGUCGCGGGAAGGACCAGCCAGGAUGCCUGAAAAAGGUUCAGGGCAUUGGCUGGUACCUGGAGGAGAAGAACCUGGCUCAGGUUUCCACCAACCUCCUGGACUUUGAGGUCACAGGGCUGCACACGGUCUAUGAGGAAACCUGCAGAGAAGCCCAGGAGCUGAGCCUUCCAGUGGUGGGCUCACAGCUCGUGGGCCUGGUGCCUCUGAAGGCCCUCCUGGACGCCGCCGACUUCUACUGUGAGAAGGAGAACCUCUUUGUCCUGGAGGAGGAGCACCGGAUCAGGCUGGUGGUGAGCCGGUUGGGCCUGGACUCCUUGUCCCCCUUCAACCCUAAGGAACGGAUCAUUGAGUACCUGGUCCCUGACAGUGGGCAUGAGCAGAGCCUGGUGGACAAGCCCCUGUGCACCUUCAUCCGUGAGGUGGGCGCCCGCACAGCAGCUCCGGGGGGUGGCUCGGUGGCAGCUGCCAGCGCGGCCAUGGGUGCUGCGCUGGCCUCCAUGGCCGGCCUGAUGACCUACGGGCGGCGCCAGUUCGAGCACCUGGAUGCGACCAUGCGGCGCCUGAUCCCACCCUUCCAUGCUGCCUCAGCCGAGCUGACCACUCUGGUGGAUGCUGAUGCCCAUGCUUUCCAGGCCUGCCUGGAAGCGAUGAAGCUGCCCAAGAACACACCUGAGGACAGGGAAAGGCGUGCAGCCGCCCUGCAGGAGGGACUGAGGCGGGCAGUGGCCGUGCCCCUGGCACUGGCGGAGACCGUGGCCUCGCUGUGGCCGGUGCUGCAGGAGCUGGCCCUGUGCGGGAACCUGGCCUGCCGGUCUGACCUGCAGGUGGCAGCCAAGGCCCUGGAGACAGGUGUGUUUGGUGCAUAUUUCAACGUGCUCAUCAAUCUGAAGGACAUCACCGAUGGUGCAUUCAAGGACCAGGUGGACGAGGCCUGGCCUGCGGUCCGCGAGCGUCGAGGGCGGCCACUGUUCUCUCAGGGUUUCUGUGGAGGCAAGUGGCCCUGGUGCCCGCUGGCCCCCUUUCCCUCCAGGGGUCUCUAGCCGGGCCUGGGCCCAUCUUGGGUGGGGGAAGGGGAGCGGGGAGCUAUGGAGAUCAGAGCCCCGGUUCCCUGGAUGUAGCUGCUCCCGGCCACCCCAGCCUGCCCACCUUACCCACCUUCCCGGUGGGGCUGCCCAGGGUUGGGGUCCCCGGGUGAGCUGGACCACAGCACCCGCAACAUGAUCCUCAAAGAAUGCUUGCCACCCGCGGUGUUACCUUAGCUUCAGCAUUCAUGAUAAUAUCCUUGUUAUUGUUAUUGAGGUAAAAUUCACAGAACAUGCGAGUCACCAUUUUACAGAGUACAAUCCAGGGUAUUUACACAUUUAUGAUGUUGUACGACCACCCACUCUUUCAAGUUCCAGAACAUUCUCAUCGUUUCAAAGGAGACCCCACACUCAUUAGCAGAGACCACCAUUCCCCUGCCCCCAGCCUCAGCUGCCACCCAUCUAUCCUUGUGAUUUUGUGAUAAUCUUUAAAAAGCAAUUUCACAGUUCAGAAAGGUGGCACUGUGGGCUUUUCAGGGGCCAGCCCCUGUCCCCACCUGCCUGCUCCAGCCAGGCUGAGCUUGGCCACCCAGGGAAGUCACUGUCCAUCAUGUCACCACAUGGGCAUGGAGUUAAAGGACUGGUCACGUGAGCCCUCUGGGCCUCGGGGACACAGCCUGCCCUUGACAGUCAAGGCUAAAGUGGGAAGACCAGGAGAGUGAAGGCCUGGGGCCUGGCUGUCCCCACAUCCCAGGACAGACAGAGGGGCCCCUCCCAUCCCCUCUGAGGACCUGCGAGGAGCUGGGGGUCCCCAGGUCAGGGGUUCAGGAUCACCCCAGAGUGGACAGGCCAUGGAGUGUGGCUAGAGAGGGUGCGAGAAGGUGGCAGGGAGGGCCUGGGCCUGUGGGUUCAGGCGGCAGGUGCAGGGUGAUGACGGGCCCUGUGUC